UUUCAGAAAGGAUUCUAAAAAGUGCCCUACAUUUACCAUGCUAAAGACAUUGGUACUCAAUGAUUGGUGUGUAGCUGCUGACUUAGGUGUAUUAGUUCGCCUUCUCCAGCACACACCAGUUCUGGAGAAUCUUACUCUCCAACUUCAACCUCGUGAGGAAUCUGUAGUUGAAACAGAUGAAAGCUAUAACCUAGCAGAACAGCUGUUGUUACUGAAGCAUCUAAAGGUAGUUGAAAUCAAAUGUUAUAAGGAAGAUGAGGUGGUUCACAAAAUAGUAUCAAUCCUGAGUACCUUUGGAGUACUUCCUGAGCAAAUUGACAUUGAACAAAAUUUCUUUCGGGCUCCAGAAAGCUGCAGUUUUGAGUUCUCAGAUUAAGGUGCAAGCUGUGAUGGAUGAUGGAUCUACUACAUCUUAUCAUUUAGAAUGUUGUUGCUGGAACCUGCAGCCAUGGGUUUGCUGUCUUCUGCGUUUUUGGAUUUUAUGUAUCAGUCCGGUUGUAUCAGGAAGUG